AUGCCGGGGACAGUGGCAGAUGGACCUACGGUCUCCAUGUCUUUUGCGAACAAUUUUUGGGGCAAAGAUGACGCAGGACUUCAACCAAUGUUGGACCGCGUGCAUGGUUCAAAGGUCACAAAUGACGAACUGAAGGUUUUCUACAGCAUUCGAGCCUCUAUCGAAGAUGAAUACGCACGGAAACUCCAAGCUCUAUGUCGCAAGUCGCUGGGAUCACGCGAGAUAGGGUCACUCCGAGCCUCACUCGACGUGGUUCGCGGCGAAACUGAAGCCAUUGCUAAGGCACACGCCGCCAUUGCAGCACAAAUGAAGACCGAAUUGGAGGAGCCACUUGCUGCUUUUGCUAGUGGCAUUAAGGAGCGACGAAAAAUUAUUCAACAGUGUAUUGAGCGCUUACACAAGACCAAAAUGCAACAGACACAGCUUGUCAACAAAACGCGUGAUCGCUAUGAACAGGACUGUCUCCGCAUCAAGGGAUACCUCGCGCAGGGCCACAUGGUCAUGGGCCAGGAGGAGCGCAAGAACAAGCAAAAGCUGGAGAAGACCCAGAUCCAGUUGGCAUCAAAUAGCCAGGAAUAUGAAGCGGCCGUCAAACAGCUCGAGGAGACAACUGGACGUUGGAAUAAGGAGUGGAAGUCAGCAUGCGAUAAAUUUCAAGAUUUGGAAGAAGAGCGUCUGGACUUCACAAAGAGCAGUCUGUGGACCUACGCGAACAUUGCUUCAACUGUUUGUGUCAGCGAUGAUGCCUCGUGCGAGAAAGUCCGUCUCUCUUUGGAGAACUGUGAAGUGGAGAAGGAUAUUAUCUAUUUCAUUAAGGAGCAAGGAACUGGCCAGGAGAUCCCAGACCCUCCCCGAUUCAUCAACUUCGCCAAGGAUGAUGACUCGAGCUCUGAUAUAGACGAAGCCGACGGCUAUUCGGUGGCCCAGUUCCAGCGCACCAUGAACCCUGCAUUCCGCACAUCCUCCCCUCAACCCUCAACAUUCGAUUCACAUCAUGACCCACACUCGGACCUCGCGGCUCAAAUGGGACAUCCUUCUCCUCCUGCCGUUAACAACGCGCCGCCGCCUCAGCAACAACCGCUGCCCUCACAACAGCAGCCACACCCUCAACAGCAGCAGUUCAUGCAUCAGCAGCUUCCUACCCAGCAUCAGCCUGUCAUGCAGCAGCAGCCCAUCAUGCGGCAGCAGCCUCCUAUGCAACAGCAGCCUCUUAUGCAACAGCAGCCUCUCAUGCAGCAGCAGCCUCUCACACGUCAACAGCCUCCCCUGCAACAGCAACCGCCGCUUCAGCCACAACCUGAGCAACCCGCGCCUCUAGAUUUCCGCCGUGGUGGCGCACCGCCCCCGAACUAUGAUCCUGAACAACAUGGAGAGAUUGGCGCGGUUCCGCACAACGCGUACCCCACAGAUGGUAUGACCAUGUUCUGUCGGGCCGGGCCACCCUCAGAGCGAAGCUCAGCGACCAGCGCAUAUCGUCCGUCUAGCCGUGACUCUCAGAGUGAAGUUUCGAACCCAACGUCUAUCUCCAGUGUUGAGGAAACCCCUACCAAGAAGUCUGUAGUAAAGCCACCAAGCAGCGCCCCGGUGCCAAGUUCCGGAGAUGACAAGUCACCAAAAAAGAAGAGCGCUUUCUUUAGCAACAGCCCCUUCCGGCGCAAGAGUCGCCAUGACAAAGAAAGGCCGGUUAUUUCUUCGCAGCAAGCCAUCUCCUCACAGCCCGCUGUUUCACCCCAAUCCGUCUCUCGCCGUGGUUGGGAUUCGCCAACAAAGCAAAUCAGUCCGACGAAACAAAUGAGUCCGCCCAAACAAGUUAAUAGCCCGGCCAAGCAAGUGAGCCCGCCUAAGCAAGUGAGCCCACCCAAGCAAAUGAGCCCGCCAAAGCAAGUGAGCCCUACCAAGCAAGUGAGUCCGCCCAACCAGGGUAGCCCGACCAAACAAGUCAGCCCAGUCAGGCCUCCGGCAGGCCCCUCGGGCCGUGUCUCCGAUAGCCCGGAGCCUGUCGAUCCUCGAGCCAAUUUCCAGCUCAAUGUCGGCAACAAUGUCUUUGACGUUGCAUCCCCAGAAAAGAGCUCACCCCAGAAGGGAUCACAGACAAACCAGGCAUCUGAAGAUGACUUGGAUCCUAUUGCGCGGGCUCUAGCAGAUCUCAAGACAAGCGGGAAGCAGUCCGCGACACGGGUGUCAGCAGAUAGAUAUCAUGGCAUCUCUACACCCACUCCAUCGGCACAUUCUUCCACCUAUGGUGGCAGCAAUGCCAGCGUCGCUGCUCCGCCACCAGCAUACAAUGAUCCCACAGUCAAGCGACUUGGCGCACCUCAACCGGCCUUCACAGCAAAGCAAAUGAACAAGACAACUCAGCAGUAUACUGCGGUCAAACCCAAGAAGCCCCCCCGAGCUAGAUCACCAGCACCAGCGCCGAGACGGAGCGUCAGCCCUCAGGUCGCUUCUCCCCGUGUGGAUACCCGGAUGAGCCAGAACAGUGGCAGGGGCCCGAGCCCUAGUCCGAGUAGUUAUCAGUCUAACAGCAUGCGAAGUCAAUACAGCCAAUCGCCUACUCCGCGUCGUACACAAGAUCCACCCUACUCUCCAAACGACUUUGCUCGGAGGGCGUCGCCUGCUAUGAGCCACCGUGCUGUAUCCCCGCAGCCCCAGUUCAGGCAGCAAGCUCGUCCUUCUAGCGCUGGAGGCAUGGAGCUGCAGUUGUCUGGAACCCACGAUAUGUACGGUUCCAGCAGUCCCGGUGGGUACGCUGGCUCAGUUCGAGGAAGCAGCCGUCCCUCAUCGACUUAUGGUGACGGACCGCCUAUUGGCCGAUCGCGGAGCCGUACUAUGGCUGUUGCAGAGCCUGGACGCAAAUUUAGCCGUGAUGGACGACCAAUCUUGCAUUUCGCUCGUGCCAUGUACACCUACAAUGCCGCCAUUCCCGAAGAGCUCAGCUUUGGCAAGGGCGAUGUCCUUUCUGUUAUCCGCCUGCAGGAUGACGGGUGGUGGGAGGCCGAAGUCACCAACGGCCGUGGCCACCCUGGUCUCGUGCCAAGCAACUAUCUGCAAAUCAUCUAA